UUGAAUAUUGGCCAAGGGCACUUCUCAUUUUACACAUCUCCUGCUCCAAAAUAAUCUGAUGACUCUAGAAGGUAUUUAAAGAUUCAGUAAUUAGAACGUAAAUUUUAAAUGUAAGAAACGGUUUGGCGUUAAAUAUGCCACAUACAAAUGAAAAUUUUCGUUUUUCACUGUUGCAUUUUACAUAUAUAAUAUUUGGCAGCAAUGCCUCACAGCUAACAUACCCGGAAAACUUUUAUCGCAACAUUCGCAUCCAUAAUCAUGUAGGAAGUAAAUAAAAUAGAAAUCUUCCAAAAAGUGACGUCAACAUUCGUUGGGCAAUUUCCCUCACGAGGCGAGCGACCUCCACCUGCUACUUCGUCUAUUCGGAUGAAAAUUCAGGACAUGCGCAAUGAGAAUUUUUAUACUCCGAGACUCAGACGAAUUUUUGAGCGCUCUCGUCAAAGUUAUUCUUCCCAAAACUCUUUCAGAAACUAUUACGCACAUGGAAUAGAAGAAUUUCAGUUAGAGGAUAUACAGUUUUUACUUCGAAAUGGAUACUUCACUAGUGAUUUCUUGUUUUACGUAAUGAGAAAAACGAGUAUCAGUUUUUUUCUGAAAGAAAUGAAUAAAUACUCCCGACGAUCUAGCAAUAAAUGGAAUUUUAUUUCUUUAUUUGACCAGUUGGAUGAUCAAUGGAAGUUUUAGUCAGUAUCUUUGCAAUAUUGUCAAUAUUUAUGUUUUCUGUGCGUGCUGAUCAUGCAGAGUCUGACUAUCCAGAAUCUGGACUGGAACCCAUGGAUGAAUCCUUUCCAACGGAAAAGUGUGAAAGGAUACUAAAGGGCUGUUUUUGUUAUGACUAUGAAGUUGUGGCUGGAAUCAUUUGCAAAAAUGUAAGUAGCUUUGAAUUUUUUUCGAGGGCGUUAAGAGAUGGUUCGAUAUUUGAAGUGAAUACGACUUAUGAAAUUACAGCCGAAAACCUCAGAGUUUUACCGCCUAGGAGUAUGGAGGGACUCAUUGUAUUUCGACUGUAUCUGGAUGAUCCUGCCACAGAAAAAAUUGAAGAUGGGGCUUUCGAUAACGUAUUGAGACUGCGACGAUUUCAUGUUCGUCAAAGUUCCAUCCAGAAACUUCCAGAUUUUCGGAAAAUUCGUGAUUCCUUUCGUAACUUGAAUUUUGAUAACAGUCGUCUUACUGCCUUAGAGGGAGAUGGUUUGAAAGGCCUGUACUUGAUGGAGUCACUGUCCUUUGUAAAUAAUUCGAUACGGAGAGUGGAUCCUGAUGUUUUUGAGGGUACGAAGAAUGCUUUUAUAUUUGAUGUGUCUUAUAACUUGUUGACAUCACUGCCUCCGAACUUAUUCGAUGAAUGGACGAAUCUUAGAAAGGUGGUUCUAUCUCAUAAUCAACUUCUUCAUGUUGAUCAACUUUUUGCUAUCGCUCAUCCUUGGUUCAUUUAUCUGGAUUUCAACAACUUGACAGAUGUUGAUGCCAUUCUACAUCCGAACAUGACCAGUGUCAUAACAGUGCUGCUGGCCAGCAAUCCCAUCGAAAAGAUCUCUUAUACUUCUUUCAACUUCAAAGUUCCCGCAGUGCGAUUCCUGUAUUUGGACCACUGCAAAAUCACAGAGUUCAACGCCUCGUAUUUCGAGCAACUGGAGAAACUCGCUACAGUUGAUCUCAGUUUCAAUCUCAUUGAAAUUAUUCCGAAACAAACUGUUGGAUUUGGAACAAAGCUGGAAAUUGAUUUAAUUGGAAAUCAGAUACGUCAGUUUGAUGCUGAAAUGACGUAUAUUGUAAAGCGUAUCUAUCUGUCUCAGAAUAAACUGCGUUCUUUAGGUCGGACUCUGCAGUAUACACAGAUAAGUGAAGUCUCUGUAGCCAGGAAUGAAUUAGAGUAUCUCAGUGUAGAAGAUCUGCGAGGCGUCCAUGGCAUGGCCAACAUUGAAUUUCAGGGUAAUCGCAUUCGCUGGAUGGACAGGUUUACUUUCUUUACAAUAAGGAAUGAUUUGCACUAUUUGGAUUUGAGUAACAAUUUGAUAAAAUCUCUUAAUGGAAGUGUCAAAUAUCUGUCCCAGUUGAAGUCUUUGAACCUCACGCAAAAUUUAAUCAAGACUUUUGAAGAAGGAGAAUUCUCUGGUCUCAACGAGCUAUCGGAAUUGUACUUACAAGACAACAGAAUUGCUGCUCUUAGUGGUCAAAUCCAGCUAAUACCACAGUUACUAUAUCUUGUCAUCAGACAAAACAACGUGAAAACAUUGAGUGCAGAUCAGAUACCUGAAAAAUUACAAUAUUUAUAUUUGGCAGAUAAUCCUUUCAAAUGCGAUUGCAGACUUCUUAUGUUUCUCCGUUGGCUGAACAGUUCUGAAUUUCCAGUGACUGACAUUCCAUUGUGCACGGUACCUGUGGAAAAGAAUGAGUCGUCCUCCUUGUUCUUGAUGUGCCCAGAGCCCUGCAGUUGUUCCUGUACUGAAGAUUCCGAAGAAUAUUUUAUGGCUUUAGAUUGCAGUGCACGAAACCUGUCCACUUUGCCAGAGUUUUUAACUGGGAACUUUACACCACAUGUUCAGAGUUCUUCGGAUUUGAUUGUUCAUCUUCUGCGGCGACUGGAGUAUGAACAAACAUUUGAUUCCCAAUUUGAAAUUCGUGACGAAGUGUUGAGCAUCGAUCUGUCAAAUAAUCGCUUAAGUUCACUGGCCGAAGCAAGGUUACCGAUUGGACUUAGGCAGCUCCAUCUCGCAAACAACACAUUGCAAAAAUUACCAGAAUCUAUAUCUAAUUCGUUGCCAAAAUUGAGAACAGUUAGUCUUGCUGGAAAUCCAUGGGAGUGUAACUGUAAUACUGUUGGAUUCAAAAAAUGGUUGCUUUCGAAGAUGGACAUCGUGGAAGAUGUAAACAUCACGCGAUGCAGUGAUAAUGGUGAUGAAGAGUCGGAGCUGGGAGGGAAAAUCCUGUGGACUCUGACGGACCUCGACUUGUGCCCAAAUGAGAUUUGGUUUUAUGUUUAUAUAGUUUUCGGAUUACUGACUUUCUUUCUAAUAUGUGCUGCCGCCAUGAUUCUCUACAAUCGUUACGAGCUGAAUAUCAAGGUAUGGUUAUACGCUCAUGGUGUAUCCUUUGUCAAGGAGAAAGAUAUUGAUAAGGACAAGCGUUUUGAUGCGUUCGUCUCAUUUAGCCAUAAAGACGAAGCAUUUGUUAUAAAGAACUUAAUAUCAGUUCUUGAAAACAAAAAACCAAAAAUAGAACUUUGCUUGCAUUACAAGCAUUUCAUACCCGGUGAAUUUAUCGAAGACAACAUAGUGAAUGCUGUUCAACUAUCCAAAAGGACAGUGCUUGUGCUUUCAAAGAACUUUUUGGAGAGCGAAUGGUGUCUAAUGGAAUUUCGUGCUGCUCAUGUUCAAGCUUUGAAGGACAAGGUGCAUAGGAUAAUUGUCAUCAAACUGGGCGAAUUACCAGAAGAGAUUGACCCUGCUAUCAAGUUGUACUUGGAUAGCACGACCUAUUUAACAUGGGGAGAGAAAUAUUUCUGGGACAAUCUUUUUUAUGUUCUGCCAUGCUCGGGGCAAACUCAACCAAAGCGCAAAUCUUUUCCGCUCUUCUUGAACAAUGGUUUUCAAACUGAUGAAGACUCUGAAUUGAAAGAAAUUCCCCUAGCAUAAUUUUACACAAACUAGUUAUAUGUGUACCUUAUGAGUACAAGGUUAUCCCGCUUUUACACCGUCCGUUGUUUACAUUUAUAACUGCAACCCACGAAUCAAGCAUGUUUCUUUUCGCAAGUCUUCUCCGACGGGUUUACUCUAUAUUUAUAUGUAACAUAAUUCUCAGUUCCUAAAAUUGUUAUAACUUACAGAAUUAUGUCAAACUUUGACAGUUUGAGUAAAGUUAGACAGAAAAACGUUUUUCUGAAAAUUACUCAGAAUGUUUUUGUUUAGUUACAAUCAACUCGAAAUUAAGCGGCUAAUAGCAGAGGGGACAUUCACGAUUAACUCAAAAUAGCGAUUAAUCCGAAAGUAGUUAAAAAAACACAGAAAAGGGAAGAAACUCACAUUAUGAUUGAGAGAAAAGUUGUAUUGACAAUUUACCUGCACUUUUAAGCAGUUUAAGCCGGAGAAUAAAUUCAUUUGAUCAUGCAGAUGAAAUGAGUAUUCAAAGCAAAAUGCAUAGUAAAUAGAAGUAGAAUAAAUAUCAUGAAACUAAGCUAUAUAUGAUAUUAGUAUUAUUUAUGAGGGAACUUAGACAACAGCAUUGAGUUCAAACUCAUGUGAGAAAGACGGUUAGAACUUUUCGUUUUUUGACAGAGUUCAUCUGGUGGGCAUAAUCAGCUAUAAUUGCUGCUAUCCUACACGUUUUUCUUUUACUUUUUGUAUUUUCCGUAGAGAGUUCUGUUUUACGAUUGUGAUCUGUGAUAGUAAUUGGUCGGUUAUUACAUAACAAACAAACCUAACACAUUUCAGAUGGGCCUCUAUUACUUCGCAGCCCGGUUAAUCGUAAUUUUUUUAUCUUAGCUAUCUUAUGGCUCCAGUUAAUGAAUUUAAAUCUUUUCAUUCUGUAAGAUUACCUAUUUUUAUUCUAAAGAUAGUGUAACAUCGUGUAAUAAGUUUUUAGUACCAUGAAGGUUUUACUUUGAAGAAUUAUUUGGUAUGAACUCUAUAGGUUCUUCUUACAGUCACAUUAAAAUUCGUUUUUUUUUGUUGUGUAAUAAAAUAAAAAUAAUGUAACGGUUUAAUUGUUUUUAAUCUGAACUUAUUCCCUUUCAUCUCCUAGCCAGCAAUAUCAAUGCUAUAGAGUGCCAUCUGUGAAGAAAUCUAGAACUAGUCAGAAAAGGAAUGAAAAAUGAACAGCCAGAUUUACUUUGCCAGAUUCCAAUGCGACCUUUCCAUAAAGAGUUACAUUUAAUUUCAUAAAUCUCAGUAAUUGCGUGCAGAAACUAUUAACAAUAAAUGUUAAAAAUUGCAUAUUGAAUACUAUUACGAUUAAGUGUCGAUUUUUCAACAUAAAUGGAAUAAACGGCCUUUACUGGAUAAAGGAAUUGCAGCAGAUGUAUACGCCAUCGUUUAUUAUUUAGCUUUGGACUACAUUCAUGAUGAUACACAGCGCCUGAUUUGUGAUUUUAUAGGCCAAAUUUAAAUUCGAAGAAGUGACUGAAGUCGAAUUUCUGGGUCUUAUCUAAAGCAGAGGUGGGCAAAAGACAGCCAGCGGGCCUGAUGCGGGCCCAUUACGAAAUCUUGCGUUAUGAUAUUUUCAUCUCUUUUCUGCCCUGUUUUGUACAGAACGUCGGCCGUCGGUUUGUAUGGAAAAAAAGUCGGUAACUGCUCAUCUAUUGUUACGGUGUAUAUGCGCAUACAUAAGCAUGACUAUACUAGCGGUCCUAUAUAGCAUGUGUAUCCGAAGAAUAUAGUUCUAUAUUUCUUGCAGCUUUAAUUUAGAAAUUAAAAGGUAUUAAUAGAAAGCACAAUUAUAGCAAAUAUUAUAUAAAGCUUUGAACUUAAAAAUAUGUUUGAUUAAUCAUUUAUGCCUUUGUUGUUUCUUUUUAUUUAAAUUUUGCGAGUACAUUUUAUAUUUUACUGGUUUACCAGCAUGCAGUGCCGUCGUAACCUCGUGUUUACCAUCUGGCCAUUACUGAUAGUUAAAAUUAAGUGCAGGAAAUUUUAUUUUAAAUUGUACUUUUUUUUUAAUUGUUACAAGGAAGGGUUAACAGUAGGGAUAUCGCGAAAGAUUGUCCCAGAAGAAACAUCGUACCACCUUGCAAUGGCUCUGCCCUCAGUCACAGAAGAACCAUCGCACCUUGCAACGGCUCUGUUCCAAGGACGCACUAAAAACCUAUUUUAGUGCGUGGUUAAUAUUUGCUCAUCCGUCGUCUAAAGUAUAUUAGUACUUAAUCUGUCGGAACAGUGGUGAACGACUGUACUCACUGUAAUGCUCAUUUCAUAUCAUCAGUCACAUAUCAUAGCAUGACGCGCUAUUGACUGUAAGCUUCAUUUCAGGCAAAUAUUUAUUUGAAAAUUAUGCAAUCAGCACAGUAUUAUUAUUAUUAAUAUCAAAUUGAUAUUUUGGUGCAAUACGAUCGUAAUUUUUUUUGGAUCAUAAAAUCGUUGUUUUGGAUCAUCAUUUUGAUCAUAAUUUUGCUUCUAAAAUGGCUGGAGAAAAGCGUGUCUGUAAAUAUAUUUUUCAGCAUUUCUGUGUAUACAUUUGUUUUUUUUUUGUAUCUCAUGUGCUGGGUGUUCUUUGUGUUAUUUCUUUAUAAUCAAGUACUUCUGAUGGUUAUUGAGAAAUUGUCUUUGUAAUUAUACUUUGUUAAACAAUUUAUUGAUAUUAGUCAUUAAAAUGUAUUAUAAUUUCUAAUACUAUUUGAUACUGUUCAAUGGGGAAUGGGAAUAGCAUUUUUAAUAGAAGCAGUAUGACAGAGCUUUUCAAUUAAAAUAUAUAUUGUCAAAGCAUAAGUAUUAUACCGCUGUACUUAUUAUUAAGUUCCGCUCAACUGGUAUAGUGGUUAGCGUCGCUGACUACCGUGUAGAAAGGCCUGGGUUCGAAUCCCGGAGAAGGCAUAGAUAAUUGUAUAGCACUCUAAAUAUGCGGCGAGCCGAAAGUCUUAGAAUUGUUAGGGAAAGAGGGGUGGAAGACCCUCGGACCCGUUCCCCCCCUGGGUGCUCUCCAUUAAAAUUGGGGGCGGUACUGAGAUUAAUCGCACUGACACCUGUGAGGUUCUCAAGGCUGUUGCCAACGCCAGGCAUAAACUUGCGCUCCUUGCCACGAAGAAUUUCUUGAUUAUAGGUCAGACAAGUGAGCAUAAACAACAACUGAUUAUUCAAAACGAAAUAUGCGUUUCUUAUGUGUACUGUUAGAGUAAUUAAUAGAAGGCGCUCUUAAUAUGUAACGUAUGUAAUGUCCAUAAAUUAAAAGAAAUUACCUCCAGCUCUUUCAGCUAUAUUCUAGCGUACAAUUUUACAAUAAAAAAUACAAUUUCCCAUA